CCUUGACCCUGUUAAAGUUAAAUUAGGAAAACGGACACUCCAACUUAAAUUGAAUGUAGGCUAUAUUUAAAAUGGAAGGACUUAUACCUGUGAUUAACAAACUUCAAGAUGUAUUUAAUACUGUCGGCUCAGAAGUCAUAAACCUACCACAAAUUGUAGUGAUUGGUAAUCAGAGCUCUGGUAAAAGUUCCGUGAUUGAGAGUUUGGUAGGACGAGAUUUCCUCCCUAGAGGUACCGGUAUCGUUACCCGGCGACCUUUGAUCCUUCAGCUGAUACACGUCAGUAAAAGUGACAGAGAGGCAAGAGCACAGGAUGGAGAUCCAAUUAAAGCAGAAGAAUGGGGGAAAUUCCUGCAUACAAAGAACAAAAUCUACACAGACUUUCAGGAGAUUCGACAUGAAAUUGAAAAUGAAACAGACAGAAUGUCAGGAUCCAAUAAGGGAAUUUGCCCAGAGCCAAUCAGUUUGAAAAUUUACUCAAAUAAAGUGGUCAGUCUGACAUUGGUUGACCUGCCUGGAAUGACCAAAGUCCCUGUGGGGGAUCAGCCAGAAGACAUAGAACUCCAGAUACGUGACCUGUGCAUGGAUUACAUCCAGAAUCCUAACUCUAUCAUCCUGGCAGUGUGUGCUGCCAACACGGACAUGGCCACUUCAGAAUCCCUCAAGCUCGCUAAAGAAGUAGAUCCUGAUGGUCGGCGUACAUUGGCAGUAGUGACAAAGCUGGACCUUAUGGACCACGGAACAGAUGCAAUGGAGGUUUUGUGUGGGCGUGUCAUACCGGUAAAGCUAGGAAUUGUAGGUGUGGUCAACAGAAGUCAAGCUGACAUCAACAAAAACAAGGUAAUAACAAUAAAUGGGUCUGUCAACCAGUUAUCCGCUACAAGAAAAAUCAAAGUAUUGAAAGAACUGAAAGCCGGGCUUUAAUUGCUUGAGUAUAUUGUCUGAUCCAAAAA